AAGGCACGAAAAAACCCUCACUAGAAAGAGAGGAGAAACAAAAACCCUUUCAUUGUGGGAGCUACUGAGCUCUUUCCCCCUCCAACUCCGGCGAGCCGUGGAUCAAACUCGGGGCCUGCCUCGGCAAAAAACUCCCGGCAAUGGAUGCGCUCAAGGGAAUCCUCUGUGGUUUUACUCAGGCUGAGAUUUUGAAAAUGGAGAACCUAUUUGAGCAAGUCGGGGAAAUAUCAUGGGAUCAGGAGUUUUGCCAAAAGAUUGCUGCCAGUUUUAAUUGCUCAAUUAGUCGUGACGGAAAACCUGCAAUAAGCUGGGAACAGGUACAAAGUUGGUUCCAGAAUAGACAAAAACAAUUGCCAGCAAGCGAUACAUCCAUACCUGUUGUCUCCAAAGAAUUAGCCCUUCUUUCAGAGUUCCCAAUUUCAAGCAUUGCACCUGAAAGUUCUACAGUGAAUAAAGGUAUAAAUGUCAUGGACCUUUCAGACUUGAGGUUUGAAGCUAAGUCAUCAAAAGAUUAUGCUUGGUAUGAUGUUGCUUCAUUCCUCACAUACAGAGUUCUUAGUUCAGGAGAACUAGAAGUUCGUGUUAGAUUUGCUGGUUUUGGUUCUGAGGAGGAUGAGUGGGUCAAUGUAAAUAAGGGAGUGCGUGAACGUUCAAUCCCCCUAGAACCUUCAGAGUGCUACUUUGUCAAGGUUGGAGAUCUUGUGCUAUGCUUCCAGGAAAGAUUGGAUCAAGCAGUCUAUUGUGAUGCACAUGUCGUGGAAAUUGAAAGGAGAUUACAUGACAUAAGGGGCUGCAGGUGCAUCUUUGUAGUUCGCUAUGACCAUGACCAAACAGAGUUCAACUUCGUUUUAAUGGUGAUUUGGUGGAAAGAAGGCCCAUGUGAGGGUAUUUUGGGAAUGCUUGGGUUUUUGGCAUGAAAACCUAUCCCCUCGCUUAUAAAUAGAAGCUAAGGAGCUAGGAUGGAAGGGAGCAUCUACGUUGAUUCAAUUGUGGGGGCCACUCUUGAAAGAGGCACAUAUUGAAUUCAAAGAAAACAAGGAGCAUAUGUUCAAGGCACAAGGGAGAUAACACACAUCAAACUUGAAGGAGAGAUCUUGAGGUUCAAAGAUUGAGACAUACGCAUUUGAGGGCACAAAGAAACAUACAAGAGCAGGAGGAAGUAGAAAGCUUGGAAUCUCUUAACUAAGGUAAAGCUUAUGAAUCAGUCCUUCCAAUGCUUGGUAUAGUAUUAAAUUGAUUAAACGAACCAUGGAUAAUUUUUAUUGAUUUGAUAGUUUUCCUCAUGACCAUUUUCUGCUAUUUGCUCAUUAAAGUUUUGACCUUUGUUACUUAUAUUAGUCGAAAUUGAAAGCUUUAGUUCAGGUUUACGACUGCUAUUACAAGCUUUGUUUCUUGGCUGUAUGAAGAGAGCAAUGGAGAUUCAUGUUCAUAUUGAAAUUUGUAAUUUUUCGAUUUCAUGCUUAAGAUCAAAAUUGUUGUUCUGAAUCAUAGAUUUGUAAACACUGUCCUCCUCCUGUUUGCUGCAAAUUUGACGUUAGCUAGAGAGAGAAGAAAGAGAAGAAGGAAAGGAGGAGGAGAAGUAAAAAGACAAGAAGAGGCAGUCUCUAGGCAUGUUGCAGGAUCAAUGCCUAGGGUAGAUGGGGUAUCUCAGAGUCCCAGAACUGUUAUGUGAAGGCCAGAAACAAGUCCAGACAUCCACACUGGCGAGAGAGGAAAAAUAUGGAGAAGGGAGUAUAUACUGUUUUCAGGCAAACUUAGCCUGUCGCCAGUGUUGCCAGUGCCUGAGAAGAUGAAUGGCGGCAGGGAUGGCUGUUGCUGCCACCAGACGGCUGGACGGAGUGGUUAUGGGCUGCUGCAAGUUGCUGCAGAGCAGAACCCUAGCAACGCAAGGAAGAAGACACUUGGGAGGCUGGGCGUGUGCACGUGCAUGACAAAUGCAUUUUUAAAUAUCCUAGACUGAUUGGCUGGUCCAUGCAGACCGGCUGACUGGUCCACCUUUUUUUAAUUUUAUUUAUUUCAAUAAGUAUAUUUUGAAUUUGAAAAAUAAAUAAAAUGGUUUUUAAUUGCA